AUGCUAGAGUCGGGCGAGGAUGUGGCCACGUGCCCAAGCUGUUCUUUGAUCGUUCGGGUGAUCUAUGACCCGGAUAUGUUCAUGAAGACCGAAUCGAUCACAACCACAAAAGCUCUCCAAAAAACGGCUGUGAAUCCGGCUUAA